AUGUUUCGCGCUCAAACGCAGCACACAAACUCAGAGUUACCAGCUUUCUCGCUCACAUCGCUUAAAAGUUUCGUGGUGGGGGUUUUGCUCUGUGACGAGGGGGUUCGGCUGGGACUCAAGCCGAACACGCCAGCAAUUUUCCGAACCAGGUUGCUGGUGACAUCUGAGUUUCCGAACCUCAAAAUUGGUAACCUGUGUGCUGCGAAACAGCUGGUCGCAUUUGCGAACUUGAAACGGAGCAUGAACUCCACGGAGACGAGCCGAUUAGACAUUACCUCUGUGAUUCGGCACCCGACGGAUGUAGCUUGGGACUCGCCAAUUAUCGUCACAGUCGCCAAAAUUCGUCAGUGUCGCCAGCAGUCGCAAACAGUCGCCGCCGGCGGUGCUUCUCUUCUCAUGGCGGCCAACUUCUGGCAGUCCUCCCACAGCAAGCAGCUACUAGACCCAGGCGCAGUGGCGCGCUUGCUACACGCGGAAGACGACCGCAUGGGCCUCUCGCCCUCGGAUGUGCGCCUGGUCAAGCUGCACAUGUGUGACCACCUAGCAGUCUUGGCUCACCGCCUCAACCUCCGCCAGAGGGUUGUGGCGACAGCCAUUGCCUACUUCCGCCGCGUCUAUGUCAAGAAGUCAUUCGCGGAGGUGGAUCCACGGUUGGCAGCGCCGGCAGCGCUGUACGUGGCGGCCAAGGCGGAGGAGUGUACCGUGCAGGCAGUGAAGCUGGUGCAUCGGAUGAAGAGCCAUGCUUGCAUGUGCGGCCAUGGCGCCAUGGGCUAUGAGGUGAAGGACAUACUAGCCAUGGAGAUGCGACUGCUGCAGGCGCUCUCCUUCAACCUCAUCGUCUUCCACCCCUACCGUCCCCUCACCACGUACUUGGAAGAUGUCAGCAGGGCGCUCAACCUCUCUGCUAAUGUGAAGGAGGACUUUGCUCAGAUGGCCUGGUCAAUGCUGAAUGAUUCAUUCAAGACGGACCUAUCGCUGUGCCACCCGCCCUUCAUCAUCGCCCUUGCAUGCAUCCACCUCGUUGCUCUCAUGCGCCACCUGCCCCUCCUGCCCUGGCUCGAGGGGCUACGUGUUGACAUGCACCGGGUGAGGGCAGUGUCAACAGCGCUCUUGGACCUGUAUGAGGAGUUCUCAUCGCUCACAGAGGAUCAGAUCUCAGCUGCUGUCGGCAAACUGCCCAUGCGCCUGCCCUAG